GCAGCGCGCUAUAUAAAGAGGUGGUGCGCGGCGAGUAGCGCAUCUCCGCUCGAGUGGACAGAGACGGUUGCUGAAAAAUCGCAUGCGGGCGACUAUGCGCUCGUUCCCCCUCAAAUUUCCGUUGCUGGCUCUCUUGCUCCUGGAGGGCACAUGCCAAGAUUUUGGACAGACCCGCUUCAUCUGCACCUCUGUUCCCGCGAACAUGGACAUGUGCGCCGCGACGAUGCAGAACAGCGGGCUGGCCGAGGACCUGAAGAAUACGGUGAUGCAGCUAAGGGACACUGUCCUGCAGCAGAAGGAAACCAUCAUGAACCAAAAAGAGACGAUCAAAGAGCUGACUGCCAAACUGAGCCGAUGUGAGAGCCAGAGUAUGACGGAGCCCGUUCCGGGAGAAGCAAAAGCGGGUUCAAGGAGGAAGGAAACGGGAUCCUCCAAAAACACCAUGGGGGACGUAUCGCGGGCGCCGGCCGAAACGUUGAGCCAACUGGGGCAAACUUUACAGUCACUGAAGCAGCGGCUCGAAAACCUGGAGCAAAUGAGCAGGAAUAACGGAUCAGCGCAAGCGAACAGCCUCAAGGAGCUUCUGCAGAGCAAGAUCGACGACCUGGAAAGACAGGUUCUGUCCCGGGUCAACAGUUUGGAAGAAGGGAAGCCCGGCUUGAGAAACGAGACCGAGCAGAGGGGCAAAGUGGAGUCGACACUAACCUCGCUGCACCAGAGGAUAAGCGAUUUGGAGAAGGGUCAGAAGGACAACAGGCCACUUGAUAAAUUCCAGCUGACCUUUCCGCUGCGGACCAAUUACAUGUACGCCAAAGUGAAGAAGAGCCUGCCCGAGAUGUACGCCUUCACCGUGUGUAUGUGGAUUAAAUCCAACGCGUCCCCCGGUGUCGGCACCCCCUUCUCGUACGCGGUGCCGGGGCAGACCAACGAACUUGUGCUCAUCGAGUGGGGCAACAACCCAAUGGAGAUCCUCAUUAAUGACAAGGUGGCGAAGCUGCCCUUCAUCAUUAAUGACGGAAAAUGGCAUCACAUCUGCGUCACUUGGACCACCCGAGAUGGUGUGUGGGAGGCAUUUCAAGAUGGCAUGAUGCGAGGCAAUGGGGAGAAUCUGGCCCCCUACCAUCCCAUUAAGCCACUGGGAGUACUGGUCUUGGGCCAGGAGCAGGACACUCUGGGCGGGGGAUUUGAUGCCACCCAAGCCUUCGUGGGAGAGCUCGCCAAUUUCAAUAUCUGGGACAGAAAGCUGUCACCUGGGGAGAUUUACAAUCUGGCCACCUGCAACAACAAGGCUCUCGUAGGGAACGUCAUCUCCUGGUCAGAAAGCAAUAUCGACAUCUAUGGUGGGGCUACCAAGUGGACAUUCGAGGCGUGCCGCCAGAUCAACUAGGCGACUCGCCAUUCUCGCAAACCGGACAGCACUUACCCGGCUUCCCUUUUUGUUUUAAUUUAUUGGAUAAUCAAAGGAAGGGAAAUCAAAGUGACAUGCGUUCAUCACUCUUUGGCGUUAAAAAAAAUCUUUUUUGGAAAGUCUGUGCCAGACUUUAACAACUGCUGGGCAUCCGUACUCUAAGCGCUGCUGCCGCUGCGGGCAGUUUCAUUCACAGUACAGGGAAGGCUACGCUUCACCGGACGACUCAAGCCUAGACCAGGCCACCUCAUACUUGGCACUGAUGUGGGACCUGUGAGACCGAUGGUCUCAAGCCUUUUGACCAGCACUGACCUGAGGCUCCCAUCUCCUCAGACUGGCACAUGUUUAGACAUGGUCAUCCAAGACUGGCACCCACCCAAAACAUCAUCAGUGCAGAUGGGCACACAUCCAUAGCUUUGUCAUCAUGGACUGCUCACUUUAGAUUGACAUGGACUUGAGAUGUCACCAUCACAGACCAGCAUGUUUGUGGCAUUGUCCCAUUUUCCAUUGGCCCACAGUGGCACUAACCUGCAAUAGACUGGCACAUGUUUUGACGUGGUCAUUAACAGAUUGCUGCUAUCAUAAUCGACUGGCACCAACCUGAAAGGUCAUCAGUGCAGAUGGGCACACAGCUAGAAUCUUUGUCAUCAUGGACUGCUGUUCUCACCUUCACAUCAGACUGGCACUGACAUCAGAUCUCACUAUCCUGGACUGGCAUCUAUUUGUGACCGUGCCCAAUCCUCCAUUGAAUCAGAGUGGCAGACUGGCACGUUUUAACCCAGUCAUGACAGAUUGUUGCCAUCAUAAAAGUCUGGCACCAACCUGAGAGACAUUAUCAGUGCAGACUGGCAGAUGCCCAUAAUUUUGGGUAGCUGCUGUCCCAAAUUUCCAUCACCUCAGACUGGCAGACUUAAGUUUUCACCAUCAUGUAGUGACAACUGUGUCCAUGUCCAAUUCAACGUCACCCCAGAGUGGCACAAACCUAUGACAGACUGGCACAUGUUUUAACACGUUCAUAACUGUGAUCAUAAAAGACUGGCACCAACGUGAUAUGUCAUCAGAGCAGAGGGGCACUCACCUGUAAUUUUGUCAUCACAGAUUGCUGCUGUCUCCAUCACAUCAGAGUGGCACUGAUUUGAGAUCUCACUAUCACAGACUGGCAUCUGUUUCUGAAUGGCACUGACCUAUGACAGACUGGCACAGGUGUUGCCAUGUCAUAACAGAUUGUUGCCAUCUAUAAAAGACUGACAACAACCUGAUAGACCUCAUCAACGCCGACGGGCACUCCCCUGUAAUUUUGUCAGCAUGGACUGCUGCUGUCUCCAUCACACCAGACUGGCACUGAUUUGACAUCUCACUAUCAUGGACUGGCAUCCGUUUGGACCUUUCACCCCAGACUGGCACUGACCCAGGAUUCCCAAAUACAGACUGGCAAUGACUUCAUGGACCUCAUCACCACUGCCUGGCUGGCUUAAGAAGCCCACACUGUGAAUAAACUGUGACCGCCUGAGGGCAAAGUCUUUUGUGCCCACUGCAUGGGAGGAGCUUUGUUGAUUUUUUUUUUUUUUUUUUGUUCACAUUUUCUCUUCUUUGCUUUUGCGCCUCGAUGUGCAAAGUUUAAUUGCCAACAAAAAAUCCAAUGCCUGAGUGCCUUGGGCCUGAACUCAAGUUUUUUGCUCCCGUCAGCUCGACAUGGAGGUGUGCUUUCUUUCCUCUUCUUCAUUGCUUUCUUUUUCAUCGCUCUUGUACCAAUGACUCCAGUAGCUGUGCCCAGAGGCCCGGCCUGGAAUGUGGUGUGUGCUGCAGCAUGCGAGGCCGGCGGGCCACCUCUCUCACGGUCCCGGGAGGGUUUUUUACUCCAUUGUUAUUUGCUCAACGCAUGGCGACACCCAGAGAGCAAGAAAUCUAAUUUUUCUAAUAAAAUUGUGAUACAUCA